GGAGAAUGAAGAGUAAGAAAGAAGCAUUUUGAGAGAGAAAACUCUCUUCUUCUCUUUUCUUAAUAAAACUUUGAACAAUCACAGACUUGUUUUCUCUCUCUAGAAACCUUUUUUCUCUACCUAAAAGUUCUCUCUCUCUCUAUUUCUCUAUCUAUCUUUCUCUUUCCCACCUUCAAAAUCUGGACUUUGAGGCUGAGGUUCUAGAUUUGUGAUGGAAAAUGGGGUUGAGAUUGUUGAUGGAUUGCACGAUGGAGAGAAGAAAUUUGUGGAAGAUGGUGUUUCACGAGAUAGGGUAGAUGAAACAGUUGUAGUUGGUUCUCAUGAAUCUAAGGAUACGGAAGGCGAAGAUGUUUUUGAGGAGGCAUUAGAUGGGAAAGAUCAUUUAAUAGAGCAGAGUCCGCAAUAUAGUUCAGUGAAUGGCGAUGUUGCUGAAGAAGAAGAAGAAAUCAAUGAUUUUACGUCUGGAGUGACUUCUGAUCAUCCUAAUGGUGCUCACGAUGAAGAGAAGUUUGAAGAGGCAAUAGAGGCUUCUAGUGGGGUGAAUGGAAACGCAGCGGUGGAGGAACAAGAUGUGAUUUCUGAGAAGGAGAAGGACGGCUUGGGUGGGAAAUUGGUGGACAAUGUAGUCGUGGCUUCUACAAUUGAUGAGAGAGGAACUGAAGAGGAAGCUAUGACUCCUGAGUUGAAUGAGAGGAAGGAUAAUGAGUUGGAUUUCAGUAGAGAUGAUUCAAGAAAGGAGACAUCAGAGAACGGUGCUAGCCCAGAGGUCGAAGAAGUGCUGAAGGGUGGGGAUGAGGAUGAUUUGAAAUUUGGUUUGGCGAUUAUGAAGUCUGAAAAUAAAGAUAGUGACAAUUUGAAUGUAGUUUUGCCUAUCAAUGAUGAAAUAGUGAAUAAGAGUGCCGAUUUGGUAGGGGGGACUAACCUGGAUUCUACCAGUGAGAUUCUUACUGAAAAUCGAAAUGACGUGGAAUUGAAUGGGAAGAGCUUAGGUACAGAGUCUACAGAUCAUGUUGAGAAGACUGAGGAGCCAUUAAAUGCACCCGUUGUUCUUGAUUUGGACAAUCUGGAUAGUACGAAUGCUGAGCUAAGGGAUGAUUCUCUUCACGUGGAUCUGGAACUGCCAGACAAUGAGAGUGAAGACAUAAAAAAGGCUACGACUAGAAUUGAUCCUAAGGAGGAUAUUAAAGAUGAAGAAAGCUCUGCAGCCUGCAUGACCACCACAAAUCAGGAUCACAGGAUUGAGGAAGUGAAAGAUGCUUCUACUGGGAAAGACUCAGAAGAGCAGUCUAGAGAUUCUCGUGAAUUGAAUGGUACUACAGCUGACCAACAUGAACCUGUGGGUGAAAAUGAAAUUUCUCUGGAGACAGUUAAGGAUAUCUCAGCUUCUGAAAAGAUAGCAGAUGAGGAAAUUGAGAAGAUCCAGAGCAGUGAAAGUGAUGUGACUACGAAGGAAGACAAUACGUCUAGACAUCAGCAUCCUGUUGAUAGUUCCAAUAAUGGCCCCGACAUUGGAGGGCUUGAAAAGACAGAGAGCAAAGAUAAGGUUGGACAGGACAAAACUCAAGUGAACAGGGAUCCAGAGAUUCAACCUGCAUCAAUCAUUGCUUCAUCAUCCGGAAAAUCUACAAAUCCCAUUCCUCCUGCCCGUCCAGCUGGUCUUGGGCGUGCUGCUCCAUUAUUGGAACCUGCCCCUCGGGUGGUGCAGCCGCCUCGAGUUAAUGGUACUGUAUCCCAUGUUCAAAUGCAACAAAUUGAUGAUCCUAUUAAUGGGGAUGCUGAGGAAAAUGAUGAUACUCGCGAGCAACUCCAGAUGAUAAGAGUAAAAUUUUUGCGUCUUGCACAUAGGCUUGGGCAAACUCCACACAAUGUUGUUGUGGCACAAGUUCUAUACCGUCUUGGAUUAGCUGAGCAACUUCGAGGAAGAAAUGGAGGUCGGGUUGGCGCCUUCAGCUUUGACCGUGCCAGUGCCAUGGCAGAGCAGCUGGAGGCAGCUGGGCAGGAACCACUUGAUUUCUCUUGUACGAUCAUGGUUCUUGGAAAGACAGGUGUGGGUAAAAGCGCUACCAUCAACUCCAUAUUUGACGAAGUUAAAUUCAGUACUGAUGCAUUUCAAAUGGGCACAAAAAAGGUCCAAGAUGUUGUAGGAACUGUGCAGGGUAUCAAAGUACGGGUAAUUGACACUCCUGGCCUUCUUUCCUCUUGGUCAGACCAGCGCCAAAAUGAGAAGAUCCUUCUCUCUGUUAAGCGUUUUAUAAAGAAGACGCCUCCAGAUAUUGUUCUGUAUCUUGAUAGGUUGGACAUGCAAACCCGGGAUUUCAGUGACAUGCCACUCUUGCGUACAAUUACUGAAAUAUUUGGACCAUCAAUAUGGUUCAAUGCGAUUGUGGUUCUUACUCAUGCAGCAUCUGCUCCACCUGAUGGUCCCAAUGGUACUGCUUCUAGUUAUGAUAUGUUUGUCACACAGCGAUCUCAUGUUGUACAGCAAGCUAUACGUCAGGCUGCAGGGGAUAUGCGCCUUAUGAAUCCUGUCUCAUUAGUGGAGAAUCACUCUGCUUGCAGAACGAACAGAGCUGGGCAAAGGGUAUUGCCAAAUGGCCAGGUUUGGAAACCUCAUUUAUUAUUGCUCUCAUUUGCCUCAAAGAUUUUGGCCGAAGCUAAUACUCUUCUGAAGUUGCAAGAUAGUCCUCCUGGGAGGCCAUUUACUCCUAGGUCAAAGUCACCUCCUUUACCGUUCCUUCUCUCUUCCCUUCUUCAAUCCAGACCUCAAGUUAAACUGCCAGAGGAACAGUUUGCUGAUGAUGAUGGUCUUGAGGAUGACCUCGAUGAAUCGUCAGAUUCUGAAAAUGAAUCCGAAUACGAUGAAUUGCCACCUUUUAAACGAUUAACAAAAGCACAGGUGGCAAAGCUCUCCAAAGCACAGAAGAAGGCAUACUUUGACGAGUUGGAAUACAGGGAAAAACUUUUUAUGAAGAAGCAACUAAAAGAAGAGAAAAGGAGAAGGAAGAUGAUGAAGAAAAUGGCUGCUGAGGCAAAAGAUCAACCCAGCGAUGUUAGUGAGAAUGUAGAAGAAGAUGCUGGUGCUGCUGCGUCAGUACCAGUUCCUAUGCCCGAUUUGGCAUUACCUGCCUCUUUUGAUUCUGAUAAUCCCACUCACCGGUAUCGUUAUCUUGAUUCAUCUAACCAGUGGCUAAUAAGGCCUGUACUGGAAACACAUGGAUGGGAUCACGAUGUUGGUUAUGAAGGUAUCAAUGCAGAGAAGUUGUUUGUCGUCAAAGACACAGUACCCAUCUCUUUUAGUGGCCAAGUUACAAAGGAUAAGAAGGAUGCAAAUGUUCAAAUAGAGAUGACCGGUUCGAUAAAGCAUGGGGAGACUAAAGCAUCUUCCAUUGGUUUUGAUAUGCAGACUGUUGGGAAGGAUUUGGCCUAUACAUUACGUGGUGAGACAACAUUUAUCAAUUUUAGGAAGAACAAGGCAAUUGCUGGUCUGUCAGUUGCCCUAUUAGGCGAUGCCUUGUCUGCCGGAUUCAAAGUUGAAGACAAAUUGAUUGCUAAUAAGCGAUUUCGAUUAGUUGUGACUGGGGGUGCAAUGACUGGUAGGGGAGAUGUAGCUUAUGGUGGCAGCCUGGAGGCUCAAUUGAGAGAUAAAGAUUAUCCUUUGGGUCGCUCACUUUCAACUCUCGGGCUCUCGGUCAUGGAUUGGCACGGAGAUCUUGCUAUUGGUUGCAAUGUACAAUCUCAAGUUCCUGUUGGACGAUCAACAAACCUGAUUGCUCGUGUGAAUUUGAAUAACAGGGGGGCAGGGCAAGUCAGCUUUCGGUUAAACAGCUCAGAACAACUUCAGAUAGCUAUUGUUGGGCUCUUUCCUCUAUUCAGAAAGCUUCUGGGUUGUUAUCAAUACUGGCAGGAUGGACAAUAAUGGAAUUUUGGUUACAGAUGCAGCCUGAAUUUUUGCAAUAUAGGUAAUAACGUUGGUAAUUGGCAGUCUCAUACCGGUUAGCUUUGAAUGCAAGUGAUUCUAAGCUCUGCUCCUCCCAUCUCUCCCCACCCCUCACAAGCUUUCUUCUUCUGUAGUGCUUUUAGGUAUCGUUGUUAGAUAUCAUAUUUGGUAUUUUUGUUCUCACUGGUCAAGUUGUGUUUCUUGUUAAAUGAAGUCAUGCUUUUAUGCAAAGUAUCUUUUCUGGAGUUGAGUUUCAUUUGCAUUACACUGUACACAACUCUAUUCCCUUUCUCCUUUCCAAUCCAAUCCCGUUACCAUUAUUAGU